UAGUGUUCUUCCCAAAUCAAGCUUGACCCAAAACUUGUAACAAAUAAUUAAACAAGAUAAAGGAAAAAAAAAACAAUGUCUGAGGAGCACCACCGCCGUCCUCAUCUCUUUGGCCACGAGAAGAAGCAGCAGCAAGAUGACGAGGAUUACCGUCCUAGUAUAACUGAAGAAGAUGUCGGCCGUGGUGGCAGCUACAACAAGGGCCCUGACUCCGGCUACGGUGGUAGCAACGAUGAUGUCAAAUCCGGUGGUUAUGGUGGCGGUGGCUAUGAUGAUGGCGUCAAAUCCGGUGGUUAUGGUGGCGGUGGCUACGAUGAUGGCGUCAAAUCCGGUGGUUAUGGUGGAGGUGGCUACGAUGAUGGAGUCAAAUCCGGUACUGGUUAUGGUGGCAGUGGCUACGAUGAUGGCGUCAAAUCCGGUGGUUAUGGUGGAGGUGGCUACGAUGGUGACAAGCCCGUCCUUGAAUCCGGUGGUUAUGGUGGCGGUGGUUAUGAUAACAAGGCUGAAUCCGGCGGUUAUGGAUCAGGUGGGACUGACAAUUAUGAAGCGCCAAAAGGAAGACACGAUGAUUAUAAUGAAAAAAAGAAAUAUGAUGAGGAUGAGAGUAAAUAUGAAGGAGCUGGUUACGGCGGUGGCGGCGAGGAGAAGGAGGUGGAGGAGUCACACGAGGAUUAUGGGAAGGAGAAGAAGCACCACAGUCGCCUUGAGAAGUUUGGAGAGUUGGGCACUGUAGCCGCGGGUACUUUUGCCCUGUACGAGAAGCAUGAGGCGAAGAAGGAUCCAGAGAAUGCGGGAAGGCAUAAGAUAGUGGAAGAGGUGGCGGCGGUGGCGGCUGUUGGGUCCGGUGGGUUCGCCUUCCACGAGCACCAUGAGAAGAAGGAAGCUAAACAAGAUGAAGAAGAACAGGAAGAGAAAGAACAGGGUAAAAAGAAGCAUCAUUUCUUCUAAUUUGAUGUUGUGUUUGUUUGUAUGUAUGUAUGUAUGUUGUAUGAAUAAAUCACAUAUAUGUUGCUUGCUGCAUUUCUUCUUGUGUGUUUUUCAUGUACUCACGGGCGGACUAUGUAUUAAUGUGUUUUAAAUAUGUGAUAAUAUAAAGAAUAAUGUCAAUUUUA